AUGAUUGACAUGGUUGUUGGUAUUCACAGUUCAAUGGACGGUAAAUCAAUGUUAGAUGAUAUCACAAAUAGUGAAAAUUGUAGUGAAAACUCGGAAUCUGAAUGGUUUGAUGAUAAUGAGGAUUUACAGAUGAAUAACUCUGAGUUGAUGACGACAGACGAAAAAUGGAAGUUAAUUUACAGUGAGCAAACAAGAGCUCCACUACAUGCUGUGGGCCAUUACAUAAAUCAUAUUAAAAAACAACUGGAUGAAAAGGGCCAGAAGCUAAAAACUAAAAAACUGAAAGAUGGAAUACAUCCGUUAUCUUAUCUCCUUCGUAAACUUAAACUUGAUCUUAAAAUGUCAUACGAAAGUUUUGUUAGUGAGUUUGUAAGAGUACCGAAUAAUGGUUUGUUAUUGCUAGUUAAACUCUUAAAACAACUUCAAUCACCACAUCGAUCUAAAUCAACAUCUGUAUCAGGAAAAGAAUCCAGAUUGGAAGAAUAUAAACGACAGUUGGCUGACGAACAUGAUUGUUUAUUAUGUAUAAAGUUUACUCUGAGAAUUCAGACAGCAGUAGAACUACUAGCAAUAACAGAAGAUAAUUUACAAAUAAUUGGAAACAGUUUGAUGAGCAGCACUAUUAAAUCUAGGGUGGCUACUUUGGAGAACACAAGGGGAGAUGGUUUAGAGUACGAUGAUUUAAGAAGAGAAAUAGAAGAAUGGAAAAAUAGAAUUAUUGAUGUUGAGUGUUUGCUCAGAAAACCAAAGGUUUGUUCAGAUUUAGUAAUGGAAAUAAAUUUUGACGAUAAUUUUACUGAAAAAUUAAACAAAUAUAGACAGUUACCGCCAAUACCAAUACAGAACUUAUCAGAAUUACCGCCAUCUUCUAUAGAAAUGAUUAUGAAUAUCUUGCAUCGACACCAUUCACAAACUAGUGGGCAAUCUCCUAUCACUCCUCACAGAAACUCGCUACACGACGUUGAUGAUAUAACUUCAGAUUACAAUACUGAUCAAGAGAACUAUAUCGCUCAUGUUUAUAAAAACACCGAUGAAUCAACCUCUCAUCGUCUUGAUCAUCAACAACAGAGGAGGCGAUCUGAAGACCUCACCAGUAGAACCAAACACGACGAAGAAAACAUAUACGAGACAUUGAAUACAAAACCACCAUCUUUAAGUAAUGGCGAAUUCUUUGAUUCACUUGGUUUAGUAGUACAUAAUCGUAGAAAUUCUAAAAAGAGACUCGGAAGCCUUAAUGGAAAUUGGAUUUUGCGAACACACCUCUCAAUGCCUUCAUUAAAUGAAACUACGCACAACCAUAUUCAUACUGGUGCACCAGAACAUAAAAACUUUUUAUCAGAUGGGAGACAACUUACUGGUCGCAAAAUUGAAAAUGAGUGUGAGAAAUCGGGAAUACUAGCAGAACCAGCUCCUGAUUAUUCGCCGGAAAUGACCAGAAAUUCUAUUAUAAGACAUUCUUCUGAGGCAUUUUUAAUUUUGGACGAAUUUGAUGAAAUGCUAGAAAAGCACGACUCAAAGUUGAAUACAUGUACAACCAAACGUUCAGAGUAUGUACCACCUGGAACUAUUACAUAUGUUUGA